UUGGCGGAGGCACAGCGCGGCCAGCCAAUGAGCACAGAGUAGCCUGGCGGGGCUGGAUUUGAAGCGUCAGUCACCUCACCUUCCUUCAUUUUACAUUAAAUUUACUGGGAAGGACACUCACUACUUCACCUUGACGACGCCUUGAACACUCAAUAAGCACACUUCAGCAUGAACACCCGGCCAGCCACGCGCGGACUGACCGCACGACCCCAGAACGAAAACUUGACGCGCCCUCCCCUGCCGGGCCGCGCCCAUGGCCCCAGCAUGGCUGUGGACAAGGCCAAGGUGCUCACUCUCAAGAGGAAGGCUGAGGGCGUCCCCGAGGGCACCAAGGCUCCCAAGAAGAGGUCUGCACUGGGCGAGAUCACCAAUGCCAUUGAGAAGAAGCUGAUUGACAGCAAGAAGGGAGGAGACGCCAAGAAGGUCCCCAGGCUGAAACGCAGCCGCUCCACUGUCUCCCUGAUCAAGGUAGCAGCAGGGAAGGCCACCAUCAAUAAGGAGGCUGUGCAGCUGUCCUCCAUCAGGGUGAAGGGAGAGAAGCUGGCUGAGGUGCAGACCAAAGAUCUCUCCAAGGCUGCUGGUGAAGGGAGCAAGUCUCACAGCAAGGACCUGACUAAAGAUGUAUCGUUCUGUGAUAUGCUGCCCAGUUCCCUGGAGACAGCAUCCUCACAGGAGUCCAAGGGAAGCAUGGAUGACUCUGCCUUGUACAUCACAGCUUCAGAGGGAAGGAGUGUGUUGCGGGCCCACAGUCCCCUGCAAGCCAAGGUGGUUAUGAAGAUGCCUGUGCUGGAUGAGACGACUGAGACCAAGGAGGAACUGCCCGAGGGAGUGGAGGACUUUGAUCAGGAGAUGAAGGAAGACCCAACAGCCGUGGCCAACUAUGCCAACCACAUCUUCAAGUACUACCGAGAGAGAGAGAAAAAGUUUGUGAUUGAGAAAUACAUUGAGCGGCAGCCUGACGUGAUGCGCAGCAUGCGGGCCAUCCUGGUGGACUGGAUGGUGGAAGUGCAGGAAUCCUUUGAGUUGAACCAUGAGACGCUGUAUCUGGGCGUCAAGAUCCUGGACCUGUACCUGACUCGAGUCAUCAUCAAGCGAGACACUCUUCAGCUCAUCGGCUCCACUGCUCUCUUCAUUGCCUGUAAAUUUGAUGAACGAACACCUCCCUAUGUUGAUGACUUCCUGUACAUCUGUGACGACGCGUACAACAGGAAGGAGCUGCUGGCCAUGGAGAUCAAAAUACUGAAGGAGAUAGAGUUUGACUUGGGGGUGCCUCUGUCUUACAGGUUUCUCCGCAGAUAUGCAAGGUGUGCCAAGGUGGGCAUGGAGGACCUCACCUUCACCCGCUACAUCCUGGAGAUGAGCCUCAUGGACUAUGACCUCAUCGACUGCUCAGACUCUGCCCUGGCUGCUGCCGCCCUGCUCCUGUCUCGCUGCAUUAAAGGCGAGGAGGUCCCCUGGACCGCGACACUGGAGUAUUACUCAGGCUACAAGAUGGAAGACAUCUACCACCUGACUCAGAUGCUGCACAGCAUGAUGUGUCAGCCUCCCAAGGAACACCUUAGUACAAUCCGCAACAAGUACUCCCACAAAGUGUUCUAUGAAGUGGCCAAAAUUCCUAUCCCUGAGAAAUUACCACUCUAAUGGUUAAAGCCUCCAGGUGUUGGUGGUAAUGUACAAAUAUUUAUUUAUAUGUGUGAGACACCAGUGCUCUGCGAGUGCUGGCUGUCACUACCAGUGCUCUUGAGCCAAAUAAGAUGGAUUGUAGCUUAGAACAAUUUAACAUUAAGAAUUCUCAUUAUUAUUAUAUGUUAUGACAAAUAUGUUUUAUUGAUUUAGAUUAAUUUUGAGAUACAUAUCACAUCUUUUAGUCCUUUACUGUAUUGUUUAUGAUACCAAUGUGGUCAUUGGUACAUUCUUUUUUAAGACGGACUGCUGGGCCUGGCCGGAGCAGUCUGAGUAAUUUGUAGAUACUUUGUACAUAGCAGAUUUAGUUUAUAGGAUAAUCUAUAUUCUGGAUUACUCUCAGUAUGUCACGUCACUGGUUGCCACAUUUGAUUGGAUAAGUUCACUUUCCACAAUUCACUGAUGCUUCUUUACACAGUCUAUAUCUUUUGGUUGACAAAACAACAAAAUUGUCCAAGACAUUGUAAAUUUGCAUAAUAAACACAGAUAAGAAAAAUAGAAUACAA